CAACUACCAAGUAGUAUAACACCAUUUGCAUGGAUCUUUGGUCUUUGACAUCAAGCUGUCCCGCGCCCUUUACGCCCUUUGCGCCCACAGCAGUUGGGACAUACCUGGUCUACAAUCUGUGGACUACCUACCCUAACUACAGCGGAGCGAGUCGGCGGCGAACUACUGCUAAGCCCACCGUUACAUGGCCGCCAGCCAACCUCUCUGACUAACUCGCCGAUUACUGCAGUGCGGGCGACGCAAAGUACCUUACUUUAGCUAGCAAGGGUCUUCAACGAAGCCGUUGUCGCCAAGGCCGACGAAGCAACCCCCAAAUCCCCGUUAUCCUACACAGUAAUCGUCUUGCGCGGAUAGUCUACAAGCUUUCGCUGCUCUUCACUGGUCCGGGGCGUGGUGUUCGACUUCAUUCGUUCAGAGUCUGUGUAAAUGACUCAAACACAACAUUCGGAACUCUUCGCGACUCUAUUACUACCCAUCAUCCUCAAGAACCCUGCUGAACGCCACCAGCCUGUGAGCGCUGAAUCUUACAACACACAUCUCAAAAUGUCUUCACUUACCAUCGGCGUUCUGGCUCUCCAAGGCGGCUUUCACGAGCACGUCCAGCUCGUACGGAAGGCCGCCGUCUACCUCGCUACGGCCGAGUCUUCGGUGCCAAGCCCGAGACCCGAGAUCGUUGCCAUCGAGGUCCGCACCGAGGCAGAGCUCCGGAGUUGCGAUGCCCUCAUCAUUCCAGGCGGAGAGAGCACAACCAUCUCGUUUAUCGCGGCGCAGUCUGGGUUGAUGGAACCCCUCAAGGAAUUCGUCAAAGUCGACCGUAAGCCAGUCUGGGGAACCUGCGCCGGCGCCAUCCUCCUCGCUGAUGAGGCAAAUGCCACCAAGAAGGGCGGCCAAGAGCUCAUCGGCGGCCUGGGUGUGCGCGUCCACCGCAACCACUUUGGCCGACAGAUUGAGAGUUUCGUCGCGGACCUAGACCUGCCUUUCCUGACGCAGGGCGAUGGCAACACGAAAACGGCGUCAUCCCCUUACCCUGGCGUCUUCAUCCGCGCCCCAAUCGUUGAGGAGAUCCUCUCCACCGAGGCGGGCGAGAAGAAGGGCGACAAGCCGGCCUCCUCGGCUGUCGAGGUCCUUGCCGUUCUUCCGGGGCGAAAGACCAAGGCCGCUGAGGGCGUCAGCCAGAGCACCGCGGACGACUCGGUCGGUGAUAUCGUCGCUGUGAGGCAGCGCAACAUCUUUGCCACGAGUUUCCACCCUGAGCUCACUGACGAUGUCCGCAUUCACGUUUGGUGGUUGGAGCAGGUGAUGAAGGCUGCGGCACCGACAUCAUCUGCAUGACUGGGGCCUUGACGGCGGUUUUUUUCCCCUUCACGAACGGAGCGAAGUGAUGUCACGCCACAUAUUCGCGAAUGAGGGAAAAAUGAGAAAAGAUUUACACGAAACUAUUGACGGAUUGUCCUAGAUAGCUACCGAGGGCGUACCUAUCGUCUCUGCGUCGACGUUGAGGGGUGGCAUACACCAUCUAUGCCACAAUUAUGCCACCAGAGAUGUCACCGGGGGCGACAGUUUCAAGUCACAUCUCAUCACAUUUCACAUCCCACCCGGCUGGCAACAAGUAGAGAGAAGAGAGGGCCAUCUUGCAUCACGCACAGACGCAACGGGAGGAGAUUUGCAGAUCUUAGUGCUGGCCAGCCUGGUAGCAACGGGUGGGCAGAGAGUUUGCGUAGCGCUGCCUUUGUCGAUGGAAUGAGGAGAAAUGGGCUAGUGACAUCCGUGGCUUGCGCGGAAUUUGGCCCUCCCGCCAAUCCAGACACAUCAUCAGAUCAUGCGCGAGCCGAGGGUUUGCCCGUGAGUACGGGCCGGUAAACAGAAAAAAAAAAAAACUGUGAGAUAAUGGCCUCAGUAGCUACGGCCGGGGUCCCGCGGGAGGAGGAGGAGGAGGGGAGGAGUGCGACGAGACGGCCCCGCAAGAGAAG